CAGCGUGUUAAUCUAGUGCCUCCAUGGAUGGGUUUGGAAGUAUCCAGUCCUGUUUCUUCAGGUGUCAGCUGACCUUAGCUGAUUAUCCCAUAGGCAUUUCUCCAUCUCUACUUAUCCAGCACUAGAACUGAAACGCCACUUCCCCUGCUCCUCUCUCCCUCCUAGUGGUCAAGGCUUUGGAGCCACUCUUUCGUAAUGCCAGAUUAUUUAAAGAGAAAAAUACAAGACAAAAACCUUCUAGCACUUUGUAAACACAGUGAAUAACCUCUUGGAGUAUUUUUGGCUUUAUAUGAAACAGGUUUUUAAUUGUAAAAUAUAAGUGCCAUUGCCAUUAGAAAAUGCACAGGGCGUAUCUUUGUUAAAGUAGAUUUUUCAAUGUUUUACAGAAUUACAUUUUCAAAAAAAAGUUUUUAUAAUGAAGUUGUUUAUUAAAAACUUCUGAAUGAUGUGGUUGGAACUUGUGACCCUGUUUGAUUGGGAAAGGGGUUGGAGAAAGCCUGGAAUUGGAAAGAAGUGGAGUCUCCAGACAUCUUAGCAUCCAUGGUGGUGGCGAGUGUAGAGGAGACAGUUAACUACUACUCAUUGGCACCUGCAAGCUUUUUGGAUGAAAGAUCUUAAUGUGUUUGUGGUAAGUGACAUCAUCCUACCACUUAAUAACUUGGGGUGCAAAGGGUCAGAAGACACAAAUCGAAUUGGUUUUAAACAGUUGAAAUGUCAUGAAACUAAAAAUGUCAGGUGUAGUCUUUAGGUUAGGUUUGAUCCAGCAGCUCAAACAUGUUUGGCCUCAGCAUUCUUAUUUUUCACUGCCUAUCUUGUACUGUUGUAACUUCAUCCUCAAAUCAAGCCCUAUAAAUUAGGUUCUUUCCUUAUGUGGGAAUAGAAUGCUACCACAAUUCCAGAUUUGUCAUUCUCACACAAUCUAGAAGGAGAACGGGACCUUUCAUUUUUUUUCCCAGAAAGGAGUCUUUGUUCACAGAAGGCCCAGUAAACAUCCAGUUUCAUUGGCCUUGCCAUGGUUCUGCACCAUCCCCAAACCAUCACUAUACAUCAGUGUCAACAAGGCUGAGGCAAGGGGAGGAGCAGCUUCUCAAAGGAAAUUUGCACUACUGUUAGGACAAGGAAUGGGUGUUGAUGAUCUAAGAAAAGAUAGAUGUCUAGUCAUACACUGUCUAAGGUGCACAGCUAGUCAGGUAGCACCUGACCUUAGCCACGUUUGUAUCCAACCACUAGGUUAACAGAUGGUGGAAAUGGCGCUUGCCAGUCAGCAAAGGCAAGUCAUCACCAUUCUGGGCCCCACUCCUUGUGCUGAGAUCCUCUUGUAAAUGGCUCAUAGUAAAUUCAUUUUUCUGUGGUCUGGAGCUAGAGUCCACAGCCAAGCACAGUGCAAGUCAUUUGGAGUCCAGCCCAAGAACCCAUGCAGACAUUAGCAAGUAUUAACGUGCAGAGGUUUUGUGUAUACAAAGGCAGUGGGCUACCCUUCAUCUCUUUGGUCUUACUUAGCAAAUGUUUACUGUCCAUGCCAAUGGACAGUGGGAACCCAGCUAGGACACCAGGAAAAUCCACCCUGCCACCUAGGGCUUCCAUACUCCGGGACAGGUCUGGGAACCCAGAUGAGGGAGCUAUCCAUUCAUAGGGAAAAAAAGCUUUCUGGAGGAGGUGCCAAGAGCUUCAAGGCCAAGCUGAGGCCAAGUACAGACCCUGCACUUUACAGUGGAACCCACCUUCCUGAAAUGGCUGGUAGCUCCUAGACCUAGGGCAGGGUGAAGCAAUGACCGCCUUCUUCCCGCCAACCCGCUCAAGAGGAUCCAGCUCAAGGGGGAAGGCAGCCUGGUGCCCACUUGCUCCCUGGUUUGCAGGAUUUAAGACCCUCUCUUGCCCCAGACCCUUCCACCCAGACCUUGAUUUUUCUUCCCUGUCUUCACGUGAAUUAAAAUCUGAGCACCUCCCAGUGCCUGACAAUGACUUUUGUGGCUCCAGCUCCCCGCUGGUCUGUCUGUAAGGAAUACUUCUUGAGCCUCCACAUGUGCCUGAGUAAUUUAUCCCGUGCAAGCCUGCAAGUGGCCUUACGGCUGUCCCAAAGCAACAUUACGAAGGAGAGUCGCGCUACUCUGGCCAGCCCACCGCAAAUUGAGGCACGGUCAUCUCCUAGGUGGUGUCUGAUGGGAAGGUAAUAACUGCCUAUAACCAUGGGCUUGGGCAUGUCCCUUGGUGCCUGUCCGAGGUGCCGAGCUGCCCCCUGCUUGGUACAUCCCUGCACCUCUCCCACCUCCCUCGCCAGUACCGUUCUAAUCUGGGGCCACCAGGCAGCCGGCACCUCUCUGCUGGGGCUCUAUCCCCUCGCACCCUGCAGUCCAGGGACCCUAGCGAAUCACCCGGGGAAGGGAGGGCUCGAGGGGCGGAGCGCGCCCUGGAGGAGACCACGCCUCCCCGCCUCCUAUCCGCAGAGGCUCUGCUGCGCCCCCCAGCCGCUCCAGCUCGACCCGAAGCCUCGCCAGCGCGCCUUGAGUCCCUGCGGCAGCUCACGCAGGUGAUGGCGGACGAAGGGCCUGGGGCUCUGGAAACUGCGGUGCCCCCGCCGUCAGGCCAGGCGCACGAGAGAGGUUCGCACCGUUUCUCUGCAGCGUGGACCCGAGAAACGAGGGGUCGCGGGCACUCAAACUCUACCGCGGGUCUCGGUACCGCCCCGCUAGGCCCCGGGAGCCGAAAAGCAGCCUCCGCGGAGACUGCUCCAAGCCUGGAAAACGGCCCGGGUGGGGAAGAGGCCCCAGAAAUCUGUGGCACAGAAGAGUGGGGGGCUCGGGCGGGAGCCAGAGGGAAGGCUGAGGAAGUGACGAUUGAAGAGGACGCCAUGUUCACGGAGGAGGCCGCAGAGGAGGCAGAGAAGCAGCAGAUGGGGGAGAAGCUGGAGGCGGAGAAGCUGGAGGUGGGCGUGGAGGGCCUGGGUCUUCUGAAUCUUGAUGGCCUCGUUGUGGAUCCACUGGAGGCCAUCCAGUCGGAGCUGGAGGCUGUGAGUGCCCAGGACGACAGGGCCUACCUCUGGCUCCAGGGCAGAUUUGGGAGGGUGCGCCGGUUGCACCUCGCCCGCAGGAGCUUCAUCAUCCAGAAUAUUCCGGGCUUCUGGGUCACCGCCUUCCUGAACCACCCGCAGCUGGCAGCCUUGAUCAGCCCUCGAGAUGAAGACAUGCUGUGCUACCUGAUGAAUUUGGAGGUGAGGGAGCUCAGGCACACCCGGACGGGUUGCAAGUUUAAGUUCCGCUUUUGGAGCAACCCCUACUUCCGGAACAAGGUGAUUGUGAAGGAGUAUGAGUGCAAAUCCUCAGGCCGGGUGGUGGCUCUUGCAACUCCAAUCCGAUGGCACCGAGGCCAGGAACCCCCAGCCCUGGUGCAUAGGAACAGGGACACCAUCCGAAGCUUCUUCAGUUGGUUUUCACAGCACAGCCUUUCAGAGGCUGACAGGGUUGCCCAGAUUAUCAAAGAUGACCUGUGGCCCAACCCCCUGCAGUACUACCUGCUGAGGGAUAGGCCCCACAGAGCCAGGCAAGGCCUAGCAAGGUGGCCCACAGAGGCCCCCCUCAGACCUUUCGGCUUCCAGUCUGGCUAAGUUCUGCCCUGGGGCAUGGCUGCUGCAUAAGGCUCCCUCUCCCCUCCUGGGGACCUGUGCUCAGGCCGGCGGAACACACUCUGCUUUCUCUUCUGUGCACUCUGGCUCCUCUGGAGGUUCAGUGGAUUCAGCUCCAAGAUUGUGGCCUUCGUGGCCAAUCUUCAUGCUUCCCUGUGGCCUUCAUGCUGUUCUGUGUCAACAUCACAAGGCUGUCAUACACCACUGCAUCUACACCACGCAGCCAGUGCUGUGGACAUAUACUGCCAUUGUCUUCAUGCCCUGGACCCGUCUGCCACCCUGACCGCCCACCCAUUUUUGACCACAAGUCGUCACUAGAGGACCAGUGCUGCUGAGGCAUCCUGCUUCCAGGUCAUGCACGACAUGCUGGCCUUUACAAAUGCACACUGCUGGUUGUGGUUGCUCUGCACACUAGCUGUGGCAAGCUGAGUCUCAUCACCCAAGAUGAAGUGGGUGCCUGUGGUGCUGGCUAUCUCCAGACUGGGGCAGUCCCUGGACUUAGGAACAUAAGCUAGGCUGCCAUGAAAGUGUUUAUCUAUUAUCUGGCAGAAUGGGCAUGCAGCCAGGCUGCUGGGCAUGGGUGAGGUCCAGGGCAUGAAGCUGUGGGUAGCACAUUGGUGACAGCACUGCGCUUCUGCCUUUUGUUGGACCCCUAUCAAGCUGUUGGCUUCUGACAGUCUGUGCUGUGCCCCACCUGGUUUGCAGUAUUUUAGACUGUCCUUUGUCCCAGAUGGCCACAAGACCAGUGAGUUUGCCCAGAUUACCCUCAGCCCUGUCUUCUGCUCCCAGGUCUACAAGAACUUCAAGAACUGUCUAUGGACCCAUGUGGGCUUCCUGCCGCUGAGCAGAACCCCACUCCUAAGAACUCUGCCAGGCUGGUAUAUCUAUCUUGGUGUGAGUUCAAAGCAGAAUAAGGAUGGAACCCCUUUCGGGGGCCUGCCUUUCUGAGUCCCUACUCCUGCAUCCACACAGAAUCCAGGCCCUCUGCCAGUCUCCCCACAAUUCCAUCUGUUUUUAGGCUGCAGGGUUGCAGGUGCUGGAGUGGGAGUGUUUCCGGUCUUGGGACCUGUUUACUCCUAUCCUGAUCACAUUUUUUUCCUUAAGGUGAUAGCUCAGAAACAAAAGCUAACUAAGCAGCCAGAUUAUUGAUAAAUAGCUAGGAAGACAGACUUUCUCGUUGACUUUCCCUCCCUGUGUCUAGAAAGGGACAGUUUGUCCUGUAGACUAUCAGCACUCUGGCCCUCUGCCCCACACUCCACCUGCUUUAGCAAGGUCUAGAAUCUUGUAAGGGGGACAGUGCAGGGUGCUGAACAGAGACCAGGAAGUUCCCAGAGCAGGGGUAGUUGAUCACUUCAUUUUAUGCUGUUAUUUUAACUUCAGCCCCAGCUCUUUCCUCUCCUUCCACCAGGUCUAAGCCCCUACUGGUUUCAUGUAGGUGCAAAAGCUGCACCGUCCCUCCCCUCCAAUCGCCCCACCAGGCUUGCAGGGCUGUGUGUCUCUAUUUCAUUUUGGGGAAAGGGGAAGUGGUGACUGUACUCAAGCCCCUUCUCAUAGAAAGUCUUGUCUUGCUCUGCAGGAUCCGGGAGGCUUCGAUGCAAAAUGCUGGGGAAGGGGCUUUGAACAGGGGAGAGCGACAGAAAUCAGAGCCAGCUGGAAAGGCAAGGAUGGCUGAGAGCCUGUGGGGUGGACAGCUAUUUGCUAUUUUUUAAAAAAACUUACCACUGUAUUUUGUAAAUUAGAAAAUAACAGAACAACUUUCGAGAUUUUUCUCUCAAUCCAGGUAUGACCUUGUGUCUGCUUUUUAUAUCCUGCUUUUAAGUAAAAAUCUCCUAUGAACCUCUUUCUCAGUUGCGGCCCACUGAGCUGUGCAGACCUGCUUGCUGCUUUUAAUUGAGAACAUUCAAAAGCAACAUAAUUUUCGUAGGCCAUUUGGAAACUUAGGUAACUAUUCGCAGUAGUUAUUAAGUGGUGUGGCCUCUUACUGUAACCCUGUGCUCAGAAGCAGAGUUUGGAUAAGGCGGUGGUGUGGCACUUACUCCUGUGUUCUCCAGAGAGCUGUCACUGGUGACUGUGAUGAUUCUGUGUCACGGUGGCCCUGGUGUAAUUGACUUCACUGUCAUUGAUGCCGCGCCUCUAAACAGAAGUAUUCUUGAGGUGGCUUUGUUCAACUAGGAGAGGAUUUGUGGCACUUUCAUGUCCCGUGUGCAUGAUGAAAAAAAAUAAAAACUCCUUGGUCUGG